AUGGCAAAUCUUUUGGCAAAGCCUUUCAAGCUUGCACUCGUGCAGCUUGCUUCAGGAGGUGACAAAGCUGCAAAUCUGGCACAUGCCCGCUCAAAAGUUAUCGAGGCCGCAAAGGCUGGCGCCUCCAUGGUCGUCCUCCCUGAAUGCUUCAACUCCCCAUACGGCUGUCAAUAUUUCCCCAAAUAUGCUGAGACCGUCUUACCCUCGCCUCCCUCAGAAGAGAAGUCACCCUCGUGGCACAUGCUGUCCAAAGUUGCAGCGGAAACCAAGACAUAUUUGAUUGGUGGAAGUAUACCAGAAUUCGUCCCAGAGACGAAGGAAUACUUUAACACCUCCCUUGUCUUCUCGCCCACGGGAAAGCUUCUAGCAACGCAUCGAAAGAUACACUUGUUUGAUAUCGACAUACCUGGGAAGAUCAAGUUCAAGGAAAGUGAUGUGUUAUCCCCAGGAAACAAGGUGACUAUUGUCGACAUUCCGGAAUAUGGUAAGAUUGGGCUGGCAAUAUGUUACGAUGUUCGCUUUCCCGAACUCGCCAUGAUAGCUGCCAGAAAGGGUGCUUUCAUGUUCGUUUAUCCCGGGGCCUUCAAUACGACGACAGGUCCCAUGCAUUGGACACUACAGGCCCGUGCGAGAGCAAUGGACAAUCAGAUCUUCGUCGCAAUGUGCAGUCCCGCGAGAGACAUGGAGGCAACCUACCAUGCCUAUGGACAUUCCAUGAUAGUGAACCCCAACGCGGAAGUCUUGGUCGAGGCUCAAGAACACGAAGAUAUUGUCUAUGCUGAGAUUGACGGUGCAAAAAUCGAGGAGACGAGGAAGGGCAUUCCGAUCUAUACUCAGAGACGGUUUGAUGUCUAUCCUGACGUCAGUGCUGGAAAGGUGUGA